AUGGACAUCGAAUACACCUAUCAAAAAGAACGUCGCGAGUUUGGGCGACAAUGUCUUUUCUCGGAUAAAAACAAGGUCGAGUUUUCAGAAGCUGCUAACCAUGAAUUAUUUAAGGAUUAUAUUCUUCGUGAUCCGGUUAAUAUCGGAACACAGUAUAGUUACCAGAUGGCCCUCAGUGAAGUUAACACAGAAAGCGCAGAACAUGAAACUCGCGGAAUAUUACACUCAGAAGGUGGUUGGCCGAAAGAUGUAAAUUAUCUAGAUCCGGAACAAACAGUGCGUUAUCGAAGAAAGAUCGAGAAAGAUGAAAACUACGUAAGCCAGCUAACAUCGGUCACGAAACCAAUGGAGCAUUGUAUCUACCAAAAUAAUGCUGUAAAUAUUUAUGAAAAUUAUUUUGAUGGCCUAGAACCUGCUCCCUUGAUGGAAAAAAGCAAUUCAAGAACACUCAAUGUGUAUAGAGAUCCUUCAAUAUAUAAGCAACCUGUUACUCACUUAUCAUGGUCACCAGAUGGUGGAUCAAAGAUUGCAGUAUCACACUGUAAUAUGAAUUUUCAAGAAAUGAGCGGCAAAGCAGUGUCCUCUUAUAUUUGGGAAAUCGAAAAUCCAAACGUACCGUUGUUAAGAUUUACUCCGCACAGUUCCAUGAUAUGUUUUGAGUAUAAUCAAAAAGAUCCGACCACUUUGGUGAGCGGAUUGUACAAUGGCCAAGUAGCAGCUUGGGACACCAGAAAUGAAAAAGCACCCGUCAUGGUUAGCGAACGUGAAGCUUCACACCGGGCAACGGUCAACUCUGCUCUGUGGAUCAACUCCAAGAGUGGAACUGAAUUCUUCUCCGGUUCGUCCGACGGUCAAGUAAUGUGGUGGGACACGAGAAAGUUAUCGCAACCUACUGAUACUCUUCUAAUGGAUCCAAUAAAGUCAGACGAGCAAGAUCUUUCACGAUCGUAUGGUAUUAGCUGUUUGGAAUACGAAACAUCUAUCCCAACUAGAUUCAUGUGUGGUACGGAACAAGGCAUGUUAUUUUCUUGCAAUAGAAAGGGAAAAUCUCCGCAAGAGAAAAUCGUGUAUCGGCUUCCUUGCCAUACUGGUCCUAUAUAUUCACUGACACGUAAUCCUGCUUUCGUUAAAAAUUUCUUGACUAUCGGUGAUUGGAUAGCGCGAAUUUGGUCAGAAGAUUGUCGUGAAAGUUCGAUAAUUUGGACUAAACAUCAUGCAGUGAUGUUAACCGAUGGAGUUUGGAACCCGACCCGCUAUUCGAUAUUCUACGUGAGUCGAGCUGAUGGAGUUUUGGAUGCUUGGGACUUAUUACAGCAGCAGAAUGAACCCAUUCUUACUAUUAAAGUGUGUGACGAAAGCUUGAAGUGCCUGCGUGCACACGAAACAGGUUACUUGGUUGGUGCAGGAAGUUGCAAAGGGGCUACGUUUUUGCUGGAAAUGUCUGAUAAUAUGACUACGAUUAAGAACGAUAAGCCAUUGUUAACUGCGAUGUUGGAAAGAGAGAAUAGACGGGAAAAAAUUCUUGAGGCGAAGUCACGAGAGAUGAAACUAAAGGUUCGUACAUUGCAUCGCCAGGAGGAUGUCGUUGAUGAAAAACCUAAACUAUUUCAAUGUAAAUCUGCGUGCGAUGCAGCCGAGCAGGAAUUUCUUCAGACGUUGGAAAAGGAACGAAAAGCGCGCUCUCCUGAAGAGUAUGAUCAAGAUUACGACCCGAGGAAAAUCGCUGAACAGAUGAAGGAAGAAAACAUAUCAGAAGAAGAACUCAAUGAAUAG